GUUUAUCUACACGUGUAUAUAUGUGUUUGUACAUGGAUGAGUGUAUGCUAUUUGUUUAGAUAUUAUGUUCUAUCAUGAAACACAUAGUAUUUUUUUAGGGUAUUCACAAUCAUUCCAUAUAUCGGAUGUUAUCCUUUUAAUUUCCCUCAUAUUUCUUCUUCUAUACCCAAUACUCCAAUGUCCAAUAAAACUCAACAGAGGUAAAUAAUGAGCAAUUUCAUUUAGUUACUUACAGAUUUAUUUACCCAUUGGACAUCACAUAGUCAUGACAAUUUAAAACAACAAUCUGUAAGAUUGAUUUUAAUGUAAUGACAAUAUGAAAAAAAUCCUUUAUUAAUUAAUUAUUAUCAACAUGAACAUGUGGAGUUAAUUAUUAGAAAUCUUUUUUUUCAUUACCAGUAUCAUAUUAACUAAUUUGAUUUCAUUCAACUCAAUGUUUUUAUUACUUCUGUUAUGCAUUUCAAGUUCAAAUUUAAGGGAAACCAUAGCUAAUUCUGCCGUUGUUGACGUUAUGGAGGAUGCUCGACCUGGGACAAUAAUCAUAGAUAACUUAGAGCAUAGAUUUCCUACACUCAAUAGUGGCGAAUCCAAAUCUCAUUAUUUUGCAAUUGGAAAUCCAUCAAGUCCUGGAAUAAAUAAUUUGGAAAUACGUCGGCAUAGAUUUGAUAACUCUGUUCAACUUGUUGUUAAAGAUGGGCAAAAUGGUCCAGAUCGUGAGGAACUGUGUGGAGCACGGGAAACUCAGUCCGAAUCUCAAAUGCCUUUUUGUGAUAUUCCCUUAAUUAUUUUACAUGGUAAACGACAUGAACCAUCGUAUGGGAAAUUGACUCUCCGUAUUUUAGAUAGAAAUGAUAAUAGUCCUAUAUUUACCAAGAGAGAUACAACAGAGCUACGAAUACCAGAGAAUAUAGAAAGUUUUGAUAUGAUUGGCAGCAGCGCUGCGAUUCAUCCUCAAAUUUUACAUUCCAACAAUAAGCCAACUUCAGGAAACCCAACUACUCUUGAACUACCCAAAGCCCAUGACAUAGACCUACCGGAGAAUGGAGUCAAAACAUAUCGACUGACCACCGUUUCAGGUCACGAAAUAGAUAAGUCACUCUUCAACCUGAUUGUGAAUAAUGAUAACGAAAACAAAAUAGGUAACAGUCUCCCAGUUCCAUUCUUACGCAUUGUCGGUUUACUUGACAGAGAGAAACAAGAUGAAUAUUGGUUUCACUUACUAGCCAUUGAUGGGGGUAACCCGAAAAGAACAGGUACACAGACUAUUCACUUAGUGGUAACAGACAUUAAUGACAACAUUCCAAAGUUUAGAAAACCAAUUUUUCACUUUCCAACAUUUAUAUCAACCUCAGAUUUGUAUGGUAAUGGUGCUACUCAGGAAUUUUUGAAAAUCCCGGAAACCCAAACACCUGGUACUCCGAUUGUAACAAUAAUAGCUGAUGAUCCAGAUAAAGAUUUAAAUGGCCAGAUCACCUAUCGUCUCAAAGAGUCGUUAAAUGGUGAUCAAAAUGCAAUUUCACUGCAAUGGUUUGACUUGGAAACUAACAAUGGUACAGCAAUCUUGAAAGUUGCUAAGAAAAUGGAUGCAGAUGAUCGUCAUGGAGCUAGUUGGUCUGAUUUAAAUAGAGAACACAGUGGUCGUUUAAUAAAACUGGUUGUAGAAGCUGUAGAUGCUGGAUCACCUUCAUUAACGGGAAGUAUUGAACUAUUGAUUUUAGUUGAGAAUAUUAAUGAUAAUGAACCUGUAAUAUCUGUACAAUAUACACAACCAUUUCAAACUGAAUCUGAAUUUCAUAAUAAUUUGAAAGGUAAAAUUGUAGGUUGCUUACAAGAAAAUCAAAAUGAACCAUUAACAAUUGCACAUUUAACUGUAGAAGAUGGUGAUUUUAUUGAGAGCAAUAGUGGGGCUAUCUCAAAUUUGUUAGAAAUUCAUUGUGAAACUAAUGAUACAAGGUUUUUGUUAGAAAAAGUGUCUAAUUUAAACUAUGCUGAUCGUUCAGAUUCUUAUGGAUUAUCUACUACUCAUUUUGAUUCACCAUUAUUAUUUUAUAAAAUGUCAUCACUAAAAUCGAUUGAUCGAGAAGCAGAACCAUGGAUUUUCGUAAAAGUAAUCUGUGUCGAUCAGGUGCAAGUAAGUUAUGCAUUAAGUGGAUACCAAAAUAUUGGCAAAUUGAUUCAGUCGAACCGAUUGACUGGAAGUACUACGGUAACUAUAAAAGUAUUAGAUGUGAAUGACAACAUCCCCAAAUUUUCCAGUCGUAAUUAUCAAUUCAGUGUGUUUGAGACACCUUCGAUAGCAGUGAACUCAAUAAAAAAUAUGUUUGAUGAUCAGUCAUCAGUUGAAAUCGGUCGAGUAAAUGUAAAUGAUCUAGAUGAGGGAGUGAAUAGUAAAGUUAGUUACAGUUUUUUAUCAGGUGAAAUUGAUGCAUUCAAGAUUGAUGAAAAUACAGGAGUAAUACGGAGAGUGGGUUUUAUAGACAGAGAAAAAGUUCACCAAAUGGAACUGGUAGUUGAAGCUAAAGAUCAUGGAGAACCAAGCUUAAGUAGUACUACGGUAAUCAAAGUUGAUGUGCUUGACGUAAACGACAAUCCACCUUAUUGGAUUAUGUCUUCUCCAAAUGACAGAGACAAAGAAAUUCGUCGAAGUGGAUCUGAAGAUGGUGUAUACUACUUUUCUCUAAAUGAAGAUGCUCCUAUAGGUAGUAUAGUAGGAACUAUAAGUGCAGUAGAUACAGAUGGUAUAGCCGAAAGUGAAAUGAUUGAACAAAUUGUAGAAAAACAAAACCCUGUAAAAUCACAAAAAACUAAUUUUGGAAAUUUACUUGGAACAUCAUCUAUAACUUACCAAUUAGAAAAUGAAGGUGAUGGUAAGAUAUUUUCAAUUAAUUCACGCAAUGGAGAUAUACGUCUUAAUAAACAUUUGGAUCGUGAAAUUCGAGCUCAUUAUGAAUUUCGAGCUUUUGCAAUUGAUGAUAUAAUAAAAUCAGUUAAAUCAUCACAAAACAAUCCAUAUUUAGUUAACAAAUGGAAACAUCAGUAUACAGCUACAGCUACAAUAAUUAUUACAGUAUUAGAUGUGAAUGAUAAUCCACCAAUAUUUGAAACACCAUUAAAUGGUCAAGAAUUUCAUAUUGAACCUGGUUCUUCAAUGACUACAGCUGGUACUACAUUAUUCACAGCAAAAGCACAUGAUCCUGAUGUUGGUGAUAAUUCAUUAGUUAGAUAUUCUUUAGAUAAUAAUGGUUAUGGUAUAGUAGAAAUUGAUUCAACAACUGGUGUUUGUUAUUUUCGUGAAACAAUACAACAUUCUUUAAUGACUAAAUUAAUUACAUCUAAUCAAUAUGCUAUAAAUAGUAGAACAUCAAAUCAUUUAACUGAUAGUAAUUUAAUUUCAUCAGAAAAUUUAAUAACAAAUCGUCAACAUGAAUUACAUUCAUUUACAUUAAGUCUUACUAUCAUUGCUCGUGAUUUAGGUACACCAUAUUCAUUAAAUAAUUCACGUACAGUAAAACUUGUAUGGACUACAGAAUCACAAAUGAAAUCAUUUAGUAUAUCAAAUAAUGAUUUAUUAAAUAAUAAUAAUAAUAAUAAUCUAUUUGGUAAUAUUGAUUAUUUAUCCGAUAAUCGAAUGACUAUGAAUAAAUUAAUUAUUCCAUUAAUUAUUGGUACUAUAUUAUUAUUAUUAAUUAUCUUUUUAAUAUUAUUUGGUAUAUUUCAUUGCCGUAAACAAUCACCUAAAACAUUAAAUAAUAAUAAUAAACAAUUAUUUAUUCAUUCAACAGCAUAUUCCUCAACAAAAUUAAAUAAAACAUUAAAACAAAAUUAUUUAAAUGAAAAUAAUAUAAAUUCAAAUCAUUGGUGUUUAUGUAUUAAUAAAUAUUCUAGAAAAUUAUCAAAACAAGAAAACGUUGAUGAAUUAAAAAGAUCAAUACAAAUUCUAGAAAAUACUACGAAUAAUAAUAAUAGUACAAUGAAUAAUAGUAAUGGUAAUAAUAAUAAUAAUAAAAUCAGUACAAAUAAUACACAUAAUGAUUUUAUUAUAAAUGAUUAUAGUGAAUUCAAUACAAGAAAUAGAGAUAAUCAUGAAAAAGAAUUAAUAAGAAGUAGAAAUACACAAGCUGAAGUGUUUUUAAAAGCAUGUCUACCAGAUUGCGUCCCAUCAGUUACUGGAGGACAAGUCGAUCAAACAUGGACUUGUAGGGAUGACAAGACACAUUUCAAAUGGAAUGAAAUACAAUCCUUUCGUCCAGAUUAUUUUCAGAAACAACAUUCAUCGAAUCAACGUUUGACUCGUACAUUUUCAGACGAUUCAGUAGUCAAUGUUCGACAGUUUGAUGUUGGAUAUACAGCAUUAUGUGCUUAUCCAAGUUCACCACAUAAUCAUUCUCAAUUUAUACCGAUCCAACCAGAUAUAAAUUUCGAUUCAUAUUAUAAUGAACAGAAAACAGCCAAUCAUCUCUUAUUUAGUCCAUACUUGAAUAGAAAAUCACAGGUAUCAAACAGCGAAAUCAGUAAUUUCGAUAAUUCAAAAGUUCCAAUACAUUCAACAUUAUCCAUGCCUUUUACACCAUCUGGAUUAUCAACUGGAAAAAGAGUUUUGGCGCCAGGUUCAAUCAUUGAAGCAACCUCUUCUUACUAUGGUCCUAUAGGUUUAACUAAUACAUGCCAAAUAUCAUAUCCAUCUAUGCAAACAAUUCCAUCAUCCUAUGAUAUUGGACAAAAUUCCAAUGGAUGGAUUGAAAAAUAUGAAGAAUUUGAAAGUGAUAAAGAAUUAGCAGCACUUUCAAAAUUAACAGAGAAUUCAUGUAAUAGUCGAAAACCAAAAUUAGCAGAUGCAUAUGCAGAGAAUUCUUUUGUUUAAAUUAUACACUUACUCGUUUCAACUGUUUUCAAUUAAUUUGUAUAUUUUUAUUUUUAAUUUUUAAAUCAUUUCUAGACAUUUUUCAUCACUUUUCACAUAAAUGGAAUAUCCUCCCAGUCAAAUACAGGCAAAAUGAAGGUGUUAUGUUUGCAUGUAGUACUUUUUAGAUCAAUGUGAUGUCAUUCUUUUCUUCUUUUGUACUUAUUUCUUUAUUUAUCAAAGUGGGUCUCUUUUUCUAUGACCUUGUAUUGUUCCUGUACAGUAAGUGAAACUGAAUAAUAUAAAAAUAAUUAAUUCUUUGUAAAUUAUCAAUAAUAACUAAGUAAUUACAUUACAAGUUUGACAUUGUAAAUCCU